GUAGUCAUUGUUGGAAUGUGAGUGCUACACGAUGGAAUUCAGCAAAAUAGAAGAUGAGAAAUGUCCUGAAAAAGAAGACUCAGGCUUGGCUAUCCAGGAUGACCAGUUAACAAUGAAGGAGAUGCAGCUUCUUGCAUUUGGAGGUUAUGGAAAUUUUAAAAUGGUUCAGACAGAAAGACCGAAAGUUGCCAGUGGACAAGUACUGGUGAAAGUGGUUGCAUGUGGAAUCAAUUUUGCUGAUGUCAGUGCUCGUCAGGGAUUAUACAAUGGGCCUACUGGAGCACCAUCCUGCCCUGCAGUAUUAGGCAUGGAAGGCUCUGGUGUCAUCAUUCAAGUUGGAGAAGGCGUCCAAGAACUAACAGUUGGCAAUCGAGUGAUGUUUAUUACGAUGUUUGGAGCUUGGCGGGAGUGUGUUGCUCUUCCUGCAAACCAUUGUUUUAAGAUAUCUGACACGAUGACAUUCCAAGAUGCUGCAGCCAUUCCAGUCAACUACCUGACAGCAUACUUGAUGCUCUUUGAAUUUGGCAAUUUGAGGAAAGGCAAGAGUGUCUUGAUUCACAUGGCAGCAGGUGGUGUUGGGUGGGCUGCUGCUCAGUUGUGCCAGACUGUUCCAGAUGUGACGGUGUUUGGCACUGCCUCUGCUCAUAAGCAUGACAUCAUUAAGAAGAAUGGAGUCCACCAUCCUAUUGACUACCACACCAAGGACUAUGUGCAGGAAGUGAAACAAAUAUCGCCGUCAGGUGUGGAUAUUGUGUUGGAUCCUCUAGCCGGUGCAGACACUAAGAAAGGAUAUUCCCUGUUGCGACCAUUGGGCAAAAUUAUCGUGUUUGGAGGAGCAAACAUAAUCAGAGGUGAGAUGCGUAGCAUGAAGGCAUUGGUAUCAACAUGGUGGAACACUCCAAACUUCAAACCGUUUGACAUGAUGGUUCAAAACAAAGCAGUUUGUGGAUUUCAUCUUGGCUACCUAGAGAAAGAGGUGGAUCUACUACACAAUGCUGUACAUGACAUCAUGAAAAUGUACCAGGAAGGGCAAGUCAAACCACAUGUGGACUCAGUAUGGGAGAUGAGUAAAGUUGGAGCAGCAAUGCAGCAUAUACAAGAACGCAAGAAUGUUGGCAAAGUCAUCCUUACAUGGGAUGAUACCACAGCCAAGCGCUAGGCAGGUGUACAGAACACAGAAUAAAUGGAUGCUUCCAAUCAUUCAAAGCCAUCUAGGGUAGCAGGUGCAAUCCCAUCUACCAUGCCUACCAAGGUAUCUUCCUAUAUUGCUGAAAGAUUUAUGACAAACUUAUUGGCCAACAAUGAUUUCAAACUUUGCUAAUGUUGACAGAAUGUUGACAAAAUUAUUUCUUUGUAUAGUUUGUAAUGUUACAUGUGUACUGAUGGUAUCUUACGUAAUGUUUUGAACGUGAAAUAUGUACCAAAGUACUCAGCGAUGGAUUACCAGAAAUUUGUAGUUCUUACAUCGGUCGGAUGAGAAGCCUUUAUUAUGAUAUGAUCAUACCAGCUGAUAACCAUUAGCUGAUCAUGUCAUCAUUAUGAGCUGAAUCAGCUUAUCAUGCCAUAAUCAUGAGCUGAUCACGCCAUAAUCAUGAGCUGAUCAUGCAAUAAUCAUGAGCUGAAUCAGCUGAUCAUGUCACAAUCAUGGUCUGAUCAUGACAUCAUGACGACCAUCCUACAUCUACCUGUAUAAUCAUGAGGUUAUCAUGAUUUUGAUCCACACUUUAUUGCAGGUUGUUUCCUUGUUAAGUUUGACUAAUGUACAUGUAUCGGUAUUUAAUAGGUAAAGUUGUGAUGGAAUGUGUAUAAUCAGUACUUUUAAGAUUUAUGAAUAGACUUUAUCCUGCAAUGUUACAAUUUGAUUUAUAUAUUUUUGUAAAUUGUGAAAUUGUAAAAAGUUUCUUUGAUAAUAAGUAGCUGAUAUGUAAAUUUAUUUUUAAAAAAAAUGUUAGGAGUGGAAUAAGUUUGCAUUGUGUAUGAUUGCAACAUUGACAAAUUGCAUCAAUAACGCAAUAGUUUUUACUCUGGCAAAAAACCUUUUUAAGUGACUACUUUGCUGUAAAUGGCUAAAUACAGCGCAAUAUCCCAAUUUAGGAAUGAUUGGGAAGGUAAAAGUGAAUAUGACAAAAGUUACCCCUUGAUCUUUUCCACCCAAAGGAAUUUAUAAAAGUUGUUAACAUAAACAAAAAUCUUCAAAGGCCAUAGGCCCUACUUGUCGUGGUUUACAAUGUCAUGUCAUACUUUAAAAUAAGUUGAAAUCUUUAAUAAUGGAUUCUCAUUAGGGCAAAUUAAAAUGCCCUUUUUGUUACACCACAACCGACCUUCACUGGAUACAACAGGUAUUGAAUAACUCAUACCUAGCACAAGCAGGAGGGAGGGGGGCCACGUCAAUGACUGUCAUCUCAAGGUCCACCACUCAAACAUCCCAAUACACACAUCUAUGUGUGCUUUAUUAUGCUCACAUGGAUGCCAGUGCCUGUCAGCCAUUCCUCAAUCCAUCGGCUUACUCCCUGUUACGCCAUGUGCUUGCAGUUUGCGGAUUAGAUGCAGGUGGGGCACCUUGUCAAGAGCUUUCUGAAAAGCUUUCUGAAAGUCUGGAUAGAUGAUGUAGACAAUUCGUUCUGUACAUUUUGUGCACAAGCUCAGAUGAGUCGUUUAUCCUUGUGUAGAAUAUGCGUGCUUACACUGAGGUUUAAAGUAACAAAGACAAUCUUUUUAAGUUUGUCUAUUUUUUUACUAUUAUAAGCCAGAUACAUUGUAAUCAAAUAUAUUUGAAGCUUCCCAUGUAAUUCAUUGAAACACGACUUGAAUCUAUGACACACUGGAGUUAAGAAAUGGUUGAUGUUUUCAGCUGCAGAAUCUAUGCACUCAUUACAUAAUAUGCCCUCAGUGGCAAACAUAUUCUUGUUUCUAUGACUUCCUUUGUGCACAAUAGUUGUGAAAUCCUGGCAUUCUAUCAACAAGAUUCUGUCUACCAUUAAUAGACAUUAAUAGAAAUUAAAAAUGAUCAUUUUGCAGAAUUUGAA